UCGUCAAGAGCUGUCACUGUGUACGUGUACGAUGUGUGUGUGUUGUUAUUGUUUAAUUUUGUUGAUUUGACCAAAGAAAAAGCUUAAAAUUAAUAAAUUGUCCACAAAUUCAUUCCGUUCAAAAUGAAUAUAGAAAAGUACACACUUCAGUCUAUAAGACAGGAGUUAAUUGAUAACAAUCUUCAGGCCAAAGCCAUUAUACAGGACAUCGUAGCAUAUCGUGGUUCCAUACAAGAAUUGGAGGCUCUCAAUGAGGCUGGGCGUGCAAAAUUAGCUGCUUUAAGGAAAAAUAUCGAUCGGCUCAAUGAUUGGGCGAGAGAUACCGGCGACCCUGCUCUAUCUAAAGAGGUCGACACACAAAGGGAACAAUUUUCCAAAGUCUUGCAGGCCUUCCGCAAGGCCAAUGUGGCCACAAUGCUGGAAAUAGAAAAGGCAAAUCGUGAUGAAUUAAUGGCCAUUACAGGAGAAACUGACCUCAGACAACGUCAUGUGGGGGGAGGUGGCGGUGGAACAGCGACACGUCACAAUCGUGGCAAUUUGGUAUCGCAAGAAAACAAUGUCACCGAAAAAAUGCUUGCCAUUUCGAGGCAUCUGUCCGAGACGACACAGAAGAGUGCCAUAACAUUGGAGAAUUUGGUAGCCUCCUCACAAAAUGUGGAGGCCACACGAGAUGAACUGACCAACACCGCUGGCACAAUAUCACAAUCGGGCAAACUGCUCAAGAAAUAUGGACGACGUGAAUGUACCGAUAAGAUGUUAUUAUUCUUUGCAUUUGCUUUCUUCUUGGCCUGUGUCUUCUACAUAAUCCACAAGCGAUUGUUUUAGAUGCAUUCGAUACAGCAAGUCACCAUAGUAUGUAUGUAUGUACCCUUGAUGAUGAUGAUGAUGAUGCUGCCGCUACAUACUAUACAUUGGCUAGGUAUGCUGCCGAUAAUUCCACAAGUUUGUAGCUAUGGAGAUGAAGAAUUAAUGAAUGAAUGACGACUGAUGACAAAAGGCUGGCCUCUCAGGGUUCGUUUUCUGCAUGGGAAAAUUAAUCCUUCCUUUCGUUCCAAGAUUGUUUUGUUUAGGGAAUCUAAAAAAAGCUAAAUGAAAACAAAUUGUUUUAGUGUAUGCAUUUGUAUAUGUAGGUUAAAGAAACACAACACAAACUAAUAAUAAAAAAAUCAGCUUAAAUGUAGUUCUAAACUAAAAAGAAACUUAAAUAAAAUUAUAUUUUAAAUUAUAUUUAUUUAAUUAAUGAUAA